AUGGACAAGCUCGUUCAACGCACCAUCAAGGCCGAGAGGCAGGUCACCCGCCGCCUCAAGAACCAAGCCAACAAGGCCUACCGCCGCGAGCUCCGGGACCGUAUCCGUCACGCCAAGGCCGGCGUCGAGGACCUCAACAGGAACAUCGCCGAAGCGAGGCGCGCCCGCCACGAGCGCUGGGAGCUUGGCCCCAUAGCCCCGAACCGGACGGCUAAUACCGGACAUGGCAUUGUGACCGAACAUGCUAGGACGGCGAGGCAGACGAACGACUUCCUGCUGCGUCCGUUCGAGCUCGAGGCGAGGUGCGGUUGGGCUGGGGGUGCUAAGUUCUUGAACCUUGCUGUGGGCGAUCGGGUUGUGAUUACGGAGGGUCAUGACAAGGGGAAUAUUGAUACCAUUUCGGCGAUUAACAAGUCUACUGGGACUGUUGAACUGAAGGAGCAUGGAAAACUCGUCGCGAAAUCCCCCGAAUGGCUCAUCGGCAAAAAAGUCAGUGGCGACCAAACCUACCCUGAACGCUCCGUCGCCCCCAUGGCCAUCCCCAUCUCAGCCAUCCGCCUCGUGCACCCCAUCACCGACGCCGAAACCGGCACGACGCGGGACGUGAUCGUCCGCUCCCUACGCCACGCCAACGUCCGCCGCGACCGCCUCACCAAAUCGACGGAAUGGGAUCGCUACGUACCCGGCCUCAACGUCAUCAUCCCCUGGCCCGAGAAGACCGACCCCGAGGAGGUCCAGCACAAGGUCGACACGGCCCGCAAGGAAGUCUCCGACGUCACUUUUGUGCCCACGCUUUUGCGCCCGCCCAUGCCUGAGACUCUCAUCAACGAGCUGAGGAACCAGUUCUCGCGCUUCAGGACGCGUCACGAGCCUUGGUACCUUGAGAAGAAGCAGGCUGAGGCUAAUGCUAUCAAGGAGCAGAGGAAGGCUGUGGAUACUAUGCUCACGCCUCUCCAGGAGUUUAAUAGGCAGCAGAGGGAGAUUAGGAAGAGCUUGGGACAACCUGUGCUUACGGAGCAGAUGAUGGAGAAGAUUGGUGCUGUUAUUGUGAAGAAUCGGACAAGGAUUUUGGAGUCGUCGGGUAUCUCUACUGUCUCGACGUCUGAGAAGUCAGCGUGA